UGACGGUGAAACUAUUCACGAUAAUAAUUAUAUUAACGUUGUAAUUAAAAUCCGCGAUAUUAUUUUUCAUUUUAUGUGUCGGCAUUCUCUUUGAUUUCGACUUCAGUGAAUAAAUAAUGACCGAAAGGUAUUUUCUAUGUUGAUUUUGAAUGAAGCAUAAAACGUUGUCACUGGUAGAUAUAUAAAGGGAACAGUUAUCAGUGCAUUGCCAUUAAUGGAUUAAAGUCUUGGAUGGGAAGCAUGUGAUUUUGAAAAGGUUAAAUCUAUAAUAGGCGGAGAAGUGCAUAUACGGAACAAAAAAUUUUGUUUUUUGAAUAUUAUCAGUUUUCUACAGAUAUAGACAAUUUUGGUAUUAUUUUACAAAUUAAUUGAAUUACUUCUUUGAAGUUAAUUUAUGUUGGUUUUGAGAUAACGGGUCGAUUGAUAGAUUGGAAAGUUGUAACGUAAUAUUUACUUUCUCUGGGUGACAGAGAGAUAGACUAAAUAGCAUACACUUGAAUUUAAUUGAAAAACAUUGUUUGUACUGUAAAAAAAACUACUAAAACAAAACAAAUCUAUACAAUUCCAUUCAUCGAAAAAGCAAUGUAACGUUAACAGAUAAGAGACAAUUUCAAUGUCUCAUUAAAACAUGUUCUCAAAGACAGUUAAAGUAAUGGUGGAAACAGUUCGUAAAAAUUCAACGCAAAGUUAAUAAAAGUGAACGUUAAUUGGAAUAGGUGAAAUAAAAUGUCUCGGACGUUAGUUUGGGGACUCUCUCUGAUGUUGUCAGAGUUUUCAAUGAUUGUAAAAGUGAAUGGGGCAGCUAUGCAAUAUAUAGAGAACAGUUCAGAACGGCAGGACUCUUUUUUUCAAUAUAGCAGUCAGGAAGAAAGAUGGGCUGAUGCCGCAUAUCGUUAUAUAAACAAUCUGGAUUGUGGAGACACACUUGAUGCUUUUUUCACAACAAAAAGAGAGUGCAAAGAAUUAGUGACUAUCCAAAGGCAUAGAAUGAACGUGUAUAUAGCGUCUCCGUCCAUAUUUGGUUAUAAGUACAAAACAUACCUCCCCGACGAACCUUUAUCAAGGUCUAACAGUCACGACGCUGUCGUCGUCGUGGACCCGUUUCCUCUUGCAAACUUUGGACAUUUAGUUAUUGUGUUCUAUGUGGAUAAUAAUAUCACUCCAAAUGAUUGUCACCAGAGGGAAGGACGAAAUUUAGGUCACAUGCAAUGUAUGACUCUAGCAUUAAGAAAAAGGUGUAAAAAUGCAUUAGAAAGACGUUUUCGACGGAGAAAUUAUGCACGAAGAUGCGAGAUAAAUUUCUUACCCGUUGUUCAGACAGAAAAUUCGGAAAAACCAACAGAAUCUUUUCCUAUAAAACGAGAAAACCAUUUAAAAUGUCGAUCAAAAUUUGCCGGUUUCGGACUUUGUCCGGCAUUGCGGAGACUUGAGGAUACAACCGAACUGAUCUGUAAUCCUAUCCGUGAUAAUACACAGCGUUGUUCAACCACUCGUGAAACUGUCCACACAAGUUGUCGGAUGUUCGAAAUAUGUGAUCAAGCUGUUAUCAUUUCUGGAGGCUGGAACCGCCAGACAACAGGAAACAGACAUCUCAGAAACGUAGAAUUAUUUUAUUGGAUGUUACGAGAAAAUGGCUUCAAGAAAAGGAACAUAAAGAUCUUCUUUGCUAACGGUGCAUCCGGUGUACAUGUUCCAGGUGAUCAUCCACACCAAGUACUUCCGGCUGCGAUGAAACUUGCCUUCCGGUAUCACAUUCAGACCAUGUGCCGUACCAUGCAAUGUGUAGAUUCUCUAGUUCUGUAUAUGAACAGCCCAACAAAAACUGACGGUACCUCACUGCUCUGGGACGUCAAUGGAGACGGAAUGGCUGACGAUGAUGAGCAAUAUACCGUAGAAGAGCUGCAAUCUGACCUCUCCUUCUGUGAGGCCCGCAAAGUACACCUGGUUAUAGAUCAAAGUUAUGCUGGAGAGAUUGCACAAGCCUUCAAAAACUCGGCCGCUCAUAAGAACGUGAUUGUGUUUGCGAGUGGGAAAGACCAUGAAUAUGCAUACAAUGACGAUUACACAAUUCACUGGGUACAGGCGAACCAUAGGCGUGACUGUUCAAGACAAGUACACGAACAUAGCACAAAUGAAAUUAAAAGUUCGUCACCAGUCAUGCGUGAGGGGGAUCAGGGAGCCAUUAAAGCUACUAUUUUUGGAGCUCCUUGUGACGUCACACCCGAAUUCACCGAUCAAGAACUUCGGGAAAACUAUCUGGGAUGCCAAAAUUUACCAACAGCGGAAUGGCUUAAAUCACUAAGUAGUAAAGGUGAUUAAAGGAAUGUUUAUAACAGCCAAAUGUGUUGGAGUGAACAUUGUUAAAUGAUAAUCUUCUUCACAGUAUAAAGUUGCAAUACUUUUAAAACGGGUGUGAUGGCAAGUCCAUGACAUUUCAAGAAUGCAUGAGGAUUUUAUGUUUUACAUGAUUAUCACGAUAUGUGAAAUUGUUUGUAAAACUUGCUUGUGUACUAGAUAAUUCUCGUGAUUUGUUUUUAUACUUAGUUGUUGAAAAGUAACAUUAUGGUCUCAGUUUUUGUAUCAUAAAAAUCCUUCAUUUUAUUCCGUUAGAAUUUGUGUAUCGUCAGUGCAUGGUAAAACGUGGGAUAGUACUGUAUUUACCUCGUUUACUUGAAAUAAAUUAUUGGGCAUAUACAUUGCCCUUUAAUUCCUGGCAAAUAUAGUGUUUAAGUGAUGCACAACAAGGACCAGACUUGAUAUUGGACAUUUCUGUGAUCAUUGACUUAACUUAUAUUAUAUAUAAGUUCAUUUUGUUGUGUAUUAUUGCCAGAGUUUAUUUGAAUCACACAUUUCAUUAUAACAGUGUUUUUUUUUGUUUAUCAUCUAACUGAUUAUGUUUUCAAUAUUGUGUUGUAUUUUUGUAUAUAUGAAAUGUUCGAAAACAAAUAAAACGAGAAAUUAUAAACCUUUUGUAACUGCAUACAUGCAAUGUCUACAGGCAGAUAAUGCUAUAGAGUUUAAAUUCAUUUGAUUAAAUGCAUCCGCGUUUCAUUUAUACCAA